GGUUAUAUAAUCUCCAUCCCCAUCCCUUUCCUCCAUUCUUCAGCUUCGCAGUGUAAUCUCUAUCAUCACAUUAGAGAGUAUACUGCAAUCUCAAGAAUCACUUCUAAUUCACGAACACCAACAAAAAAAAUGGCACGCCAAUUCAUUGUCCUUGCCCUAAUUUUUGUCGCCGUUGCCGGGUCUGUGGUCUCUGCUGCAGAUAAAGCACCCACCACCUCCCCGACCGCCGCCCCCAAAUCAUCGCCCAAAGCAGAAACACCUGCCCCUGCCAAGGCUCCCACAGCUGCCUCCACCCCUAAAUCCCCUCCAUCCCUCAAGGCUGCCACCAGUCCUUCCCCCUCCACCGAGGACGAUUCAUCCACUGCCCCCGCCACUUCACCUUCGUCCGAGUCUCCUGCUGCCUCAUCCCCAGAAUCUGACGUCUCCUCCCCUCCUGCCCCGGCUAGCGAGGCUUCUGAGGGACCUGCCACAACUGAUGAUGUGAGUGACGGACCCGCGGUUUCACCUGCUGAGGCACCCGCUAAGGAAAACUCUGGUGCUGCCGCCGUCAAGGUCUCCGCUGCCUUUGGUACAGCCGCAGUUGUUGGCUUCUUCUUCUUCUAAGCCAAGCUAGCUUGACAUGCAUGCAUGCAUGGAUGCAUAUAUUUGUUAAUUUGUAAGGUGUCAUAAUUAUGAUGAUCGAUGAUGACGUUGUUAUGAGUGAGUGUUUUUGAUUGAUUUGUUGUAACAUGCUACUAGAGGAAGCCCUUGACAAAAUUUGUGAGGGUUUGUUUUAUGAUCUUCAAUGUUAUUCUUUAAAAAAAUUGAUCAAUCAUAUGAUCGUGACUAUAAUCAUAUAUAUAUAUGUAGGAUU